AUGUUGGAGUUGACUGGUGCUGGUGUGGUAGCCGUUGGCAUGGAGGAAUUGGUUCAGAGUAUGGCGAGACAUUUGAUUGGUAGCAGGAGUGACAACACUGUGUAUAAAUAUUUUGGUGCUUUUAAAUUCCUGUCGGACCCCCGAUCUUAUUGGAAACCGGACUCGGGGAUAGGCGUGUUCGAAACCACAGAGGUCAACAUUACAUCUACGCGCUAUUAUCGGCAACUACAGUCACGUAUCCAGAGCGAGGCCGAGACAUGCGCACAGCACAUCCAUCACACAGCUGCCACUUCUGCCGACGAGCUCAGUAACUAUUUGCGAACAUUCCACACAAACUUCAAGAUGAACUUUCUCCUGGCUGUCUCUGUGCUUUCAGUACUGCUAGCCAGUGUGAACAGUGCGUGUAAUAUCGACACUGUCCUGACUUGUACCACGACUUACACCGACGGAAUCAAGGGCAACAGCAACGACUUAUCCACCGUUUGCCGAUUAACCAGAACGUACCUGUCUUGUGUGAGAACUUCUGGAUGUGCUGAGAACGAGUCCGUGAAGAGUCAGUUAGCUUCCGCGGAGCAAGUGGUCAAUGAUAAAUGUGGAGCUUGUCAAGUACAGGUCUCCAUCCUGUGUCUGGCACUGAUGUUGGUCGCCAUGCUGUUUUCCAAGUAGACUUUAGUGCCACACGUAUAUAACAACACUCUCAACGCUUUCGUAAUCAAGUAUAAUUCACCAUCGUGUUCGGAGCUUCUUUUUUGUUUUUUAAAAUCUCUUUUGAGAUGUGUACACAAGCUGACUUACUAGACGAUAUAUAUCGGAUAAUAUAACGUGUUUGUUGUUCAAUAUGUAAUUUCGUUUUAUAUUAGUACUUGUUUCGUAUGUUUUUUUAACGAUGAAUCUUUUGUAUCAGAGAUUUUAUAUUGGUACGUAUGUUGAACCGCACUGACUUGAGACUGGCUGUACAAGUAAUGGGUUCUAAAGACUCGCUGUUAUGUAUUUGUAUUUUCUCUCAUUGUUGCAGUUAAAGGCAUAUUGUCACAGACACUGACCUAUUUAAUGGCCUAA